GGCGGGCUAAGCACAUGUAAAUUUCUCCGCUCUCCAGCAAAUCUUGAGUUUUAUGUUAGCGUUCCACUUUUAACCGUCCUAAUUGUUGAGUAUCAGCGAGUAUUGGACUAUGUCAACAAAAAAAGCUUCUAAUCACCCGAAAAUAGUCAUUCCAGGACAAAAAGGGAUGACUGGAAAAACUUCUGCUCUUGCCGAACAUGAAUACGUCAUGGAAGUCGACCACGUCGAUCACAAAGAGAAACGCAAAGAAUCUCCGUCCUUGCAGAACACUCCAACUAAAGCCUCGGCUAAGAAACAGAAGGGUGACGAAAACCCUGAGAUUUCCAACACCGCUCUUCUGGAAACCAUAGUUGCCAGAUUCGAUCUACAAGACGGGAAGCUGAGCAGCAUUGAGCAUAAAAUUACUGAGAACAGUCUAAUGAUCGUCAACCUGACAAAAGCUGUGGAAUUCAACGCGGCGGAAAUAAAGGAUUGUAAAACUAAAAUAAACUUGUUCGAAAAACAACUCCCCUCUGUUGUCACAUCGCACGCAGAUUUGAUAAGCCGCACGUCGGAGCUCGAACGCUACAAAAGACGAUGGAACCUCAGAGUAAUCGGAAUGAAAGAAACCGCAGGCGAAGAUAUCCGAAGAGAAGUCGUCUCACUGUUAGCCGAAAUUGCUCCUCACCUGCAGCACAAACUUGAAGACAUCGUGGAUACAGUCCACCGCAUUGGCCCCAAAACGAAGGAUAAAUCCAGGCAGGUGAUUAUUCAGUUCUGCAUGCGGAAACACAGAGACGAGUUCUGGCGCUCCACCAAAGUCUCGGAUGUCUGUAAACUCAGGGGAAUAAAGUUCGCCGAAGAUUUAUCUAAGGAAGAUCGAGAAGCCCGCACUGCACUAUGGCCGAGGAUCAGUGAGGCUAGAGCUGCAGGGAAGAAAGCCUACUACCGUGGUCCCUAUGGCUACAUAGAGGGCACCCGGAUUGUCAAGGAUGGUUGAUCUCAACAACCUCGAACGCACUCGUCUUCCUUUUGUGUUGGCAAGAGGUGUAAGUGGGAUGUUUUGUUAUGUCCUUGCUGUUGAGCGGGAUUUUGUUACAGUGCUCUGUUUGAGAGAGACAUUGUUUUGUGUUCAUUAGAGCACGGUUUCAUAUUUUUCAUUUGACUGUUUAUCUUCUUAUUUCACAUAUUUAUUUUAAUUUAUUUAUUGUUUGUUUCCUAUCAGUUAAAUGUUCUCAGUGAAAUCGUCCUUUUCCUUUAUUUCUUUAAACGCAAGGGGUCUCCGUAACUCUAUCAAAAGAAAAGCUUUCUUUCUUUUUUGCAAAAGCAAAAACUCACACUGUAUAUUUUUGCAAGAAACGCAUUCCAACCUUGAUGACGUGAAGUUCUGGACGAGUCAAUGGGGGGGACAAAAUCAUCUUCAGCCAUGAUUCUACACAUUCUGCAGGAGUGGCAAUACUGUUCAACAACCUACCAGGCAAAAUUAUAAAGGUAGAGACGGAUUCAAAUGGCCAUUGGGCUUCAGUUGUUAUAAACAUUAAUGAUGUUUUGUUUAUUUUAUUCACUGUGUAUGGUUACACAACAGUGUUCCCCCUAAACAACAAAUUAUUCACUGAAAUUUCUGAUUCUCUAUUUGAAUUUAAACUUGUGUAUCCAACUGAUAAUAUUAUUA